AUGAAUAAGGUGUUCGGAAUGGGUGUCGACCUCGCCACUGCGCUGGCUGUGAUGGGUACAGUCUGGGUCGGAAACCCACUCUCGUUAAGCCCAGGUUUCUCCAUUGGCGGACCAACGUCUAAAUCUUCCAACAUCUUAGGGAAUCUGGUAGGACUGCUUGGAGCGCCACAGGGUAUCAAGUAUUCCCACAAUUUCAUCGAGUCGGACUCUUCGCCAACGCGAAAUGACUUGUACACGACUGGAAACGCCUGGACGAUGAACAUCUCCCUUUUUGAAGACCUUUACGGAAGGGCUGAUGCCACGACUGGAAUGAUCGAGUUCGAGACAAUUGCAGAGUUCGCUAAGGUCCGGUUCCACGAAACAGUCGCUGAGAAUCCCAACUUCUAUUAUGGCCCAUUCACCGGUAUGAUCGCCAGGAAUGCUGGGUAUCUGUUCACUGCGAGGAUCUUCCGGAAUCAUUCCAUAUCUCACCCAGAGGGCGAUUUGACAAAGGAAAUCCUGAAGAGUUUCUUCGCGGUUACCGAAGAUGGAUCGGGGGGAUUGAGCUACAACGAAGGAUGGGAGAGAAUCCCCGAAAACUGGUAUAAGACGCCAGUUGACUAUGGCCUGGUGCAGUUGAAUCUCGAUAUUGUCGCUCUAGCUUCUUUGCACCCUGAGCUCGCUAGCAUUGGCGGCAACACCGGAACAGUAAACAGCUUUACUGGCGCAGACAUCUCAAAUAUCACCGGCGGCAUACUCAACGUCCGGACUCUUCUCUCGGGCAAUAACCUUCUUUGUCUGGCCUUCGAAGUGAUCAAGACCGUAUCGCCAGAUGCACUGUCAACAAUUUACAAGACGCUAGCUGUGCCGUUACAGAUGAUCACGGAUGCUCUCGCCGCACCGCUGCUAGAUCUCGCAUGUCCUGCCUUCGAGGACAUGCAGUUGGGAGGUACAGAUAUCUUCAAAGAAUUUGCUCAACUUUAUCCUGGAGCGAACCGAACUGGUGGGGCAAUUUAA